AUGACCUGGCUGAUUAUGUUCCUCAUCUCACCCCUUCUCUUCCUCCAUUGGCUGCUUCACUCUGUCUUCUCUGCAUCAUCUCAUCUCCCUGGCUCUAUGUCACUCGUCGAGGGCAGCAUGUCGCACGCUCAGCAGAAAAGGAGAAUUGCUCAACUUGAGGAGCAGCUCAAGACUCUUGUGGCAGGGCGGGCAAAUGAGCACUCAGACUGCAUUGUCGCUCUGUUUGACAAUGUUGAGGACCUCAUUGCCGAAAAUGACAGAAGACAAGAUCGAAUGCAAAUAGGGUACGUCGCCCUUACGCAAACCUUACCUUGGUUUCAUAAGAAGGGCUGCGAGUUGGAUUAUGACGAGUAUUCGCACAUGAUAAAAAUGCUUCAGCAGGGCGCUGACGGUGCUCGAGGAGACGAUACCUCCAAGCUCAAGACUCUCAUUUCUGAAUGGAUCAAUCGUGAAUUCAAGCCUGAUCCCCCGGUCGACCCUGAGGAUAAACAUUCUCAUGGAUUCACCAACAAUGCAUGCAGCAGGGCAGGCAUUCGAGAUCGUUCAGAGGGCUAUGUUGUUACAGACCUCUCUUUUCCAGCCUACUUGUAUGACAAGUAUGCCGCCAAUCUGGAUGAUCUAGAGGAGGGCUUAUUUAAGGGCAAAAUCCUUCUUCAGGCUUACAAAGCUGUAUUCAUGUCGCCCUCAUCAGCAAAGGACGUUGAAGGCGAUGGUGAUGGUGCAGACAUCAUCUGA